CAUAGUCCAUAUCAAACUUAUUUUAAUGUUUGACAAACCUACUAUUCCAAAGGCACUCUAAGUGCUAUAAUAUUAUUUUAAUAUAUAACAUCACCAGCCGUGUUUUUUUUUCUUCUUUUUCAUUCCACAAAACGCGGAAACAAGAAUUUUCUCGGAAAAGGAUAACCAAAAGAGGUAAUGAUGUUUAUAUAAUUAAAAGAAAAAAGAAAAAGAAUCAAUUGACCCUACCGAAGAAUAUAUACAUGAUUUAUAUAAACAAAGGAAUGAUGCAUCAUAAACAUUUAAAACUCAGAAUAGGCCUUCAAAAAUCAAGCCACUCUUUGCCAUUUCAAAACGGAAAUAUGCAGAUCCCUUGGAUAGUCAAAUAUCACUAUGCAGCUACGCUCUUCUUCGUUACCGUUGCUCUUACCAAAGUUACCUGUUUUCAGUUCAACUUCCCUUCCUUCCCAGAUGACUCUAAUCUAUUGCUGCUCGGGAGUUCAAGAAUAUUCUUAGAUGCCAUCCAAGUAACCCUUGAUAGUCGUGGUACUAUAGAGAAUUAUUCUGGACGUGCUCUCUACAGAAAGCCAUACCAACUUUGGAACCAAAAUCAAAUAGCUUCCUUCAACACCACUUUUGUGCUCCGAAUCACUCCGGAAACUACUCCUGGUGGUGAAGGCUUGGCCUUUAUCUUAACUUCAGAUAGGACUGUCCCAGAAAACAGUGAUGGACAAUGGAUUGGUAUUGUAAAUGCUACUUCCAAUGGAACUUCACAGCCUGGUAUUCUAGCAGUGGAAUUUGACACAAGACACAAUUUCAAAGAAGAUGGCCCUGACAAUCACGUUGGCAUCAACAUAAACAGCAUCAACUCCAUUCAACAGGUUUCGUUAAUAAAUACUCGGCUCAGUCUAUCUUCAGGCCAAGAUGUCAAAUUUCACAUUCAGUACAUCAAUGACACAAUAUCAGUUUUUUGUGCCAUGAGUGGAACUUCUGAAGAAUCUAUGGAGACCCUAUUGGUAUCUCCACCUCUUAAUUUGUCUUCCUUUCUUCAAAAGGAGGUUUACAUUGGCUUCUCCGCCUCAACAAGUAACUACACGGAGAGGAACUGUGUCAGAUCGUGGGAAUUCAGCGGGGAUGAUAUUAGGGAUGAUGACAAAAGUCUCUUGUGGGUUUAUGUUGCCGUUCCAAUCGUGAUUGUUUCAAUUAUCAUUGGUGGGUUGGCGAUCUUUUUCUUGCGCUGGCAAAAGACUCGCCAUAUGGAGGGGCCAGAAGAUGCAUAUCCAAGGAUAGAGGAUCAGAUUAAAUAUUCCUCUAUGGCUCCGAAGAAGUUUAGGCUAAGGGAACUAACGAAGGCAACUGGUGGAUUCAGCCUUCAAAACAAGCUUGGACAAGGCGGGUUUGGAACUGUGUAUAAGGGGCUACUGGAAAAUAAGGAGGUAGCUGUAAAGAGAGUUUCCAAGAACUCACGCCAAGGGAAGCAAGAGUUUUUGGCAGAAGUGACAACAAUCGGAAGCCUUCACCAUAGAAAUUUGGUGAAACUCACUGGUUGGUGCUAUGAGAAUAGAGAGCUUCUCCUUGUGUACGAGUUCAUGCCUAAUGGAAGCCUAGACAAGUACCUCUUUNGUGACAAAGNUUGUGGUNAUAAUUAUGACUUUGAAGGAGGGUAUNCUAUAACGUUGGACUGGGAAACUAGGNNAAGAGUGAUUCAUGGGGUNGCUCAAGCACUUGACUACCUUCACGAUGGNUGNGAGAGGAGNGUUCUCCACAGAGANAUCAAGGCCAGCAACAUAAUGCUNGACUCAGAUUACAAUGCCAAGCUGGGAGANUUUGGAUUGGCUAGAACAAUUCAGAAGAGAAAUGAAACGCAUCACUCUACAAAAGAGAUUGCAGGCACACCCGGGUACAUGGCCCCAGAAACCUUCCUGACUGGGAGGGCAACGGUGGAGACAGAUGUGUAUGCAUUUGGGGUUCUUGUGUUGGAAGUAGUGUGUGGAAAGAGGCCAUGGAAUGUGUAUGCACAAGAUGACUACGAGAACAGCAUUGUGUAUCGGGUAUGGGAUUUGUAUGGGAAGGGAAAAGUAGUUGGUGCUGUUGAUGGAAGGUUGAAGAAGGAGGAGAUUAUGGAGGAAGAAGUGGACUGCGUUCUUGUUCUUGGCUUGGCUUGUUGCCAUCCAAAUCCACACAAAAGACUAUCCAUGAGAACAGUUCUUCAGGUUCUGAAUGGAGAAGCACCUCCACCUGAAGUGCCUAAGGAAAGACCAGUUUUUAUGUGGCCUGCUAUCCCUCCAUCCUUUAAAGAUGCUGAAGAUAGCUCCCUCAUCCAGGGAACACUCACUCCUUUCACUGAAAUCAUUGGAAGAUGAUGAAAUCGUUUUUUGAAACCUGGGAACUAAUGAAGAUUAUCCUGGUUAGUUGAAGAUUUUGAAGCACUCUUGCAUUCAUAGAUCUUAGGUUUUAUAUGUAAAUACGUAGGCACACAAACUUGUGUAAUUUUUGGCGUCAUUUUAUUUAUGUAUAUAUAUUUAUAGUUGCUUCUCAAUUGUUUUGACUAGAUGCCUAUACGAGCUAAAUUAUAUUUUGCUUGAGAAUAAUGAAAAGUUUUAAGUUUAGGUGAAUAUCUUAUUUUCUUUUUUUAGUUCAUACUCUGAAAAUAAUAUAUUGAAGGACAAACCAACCGGAAGAUUACAAAAGCUCACACGGCUGCAUUUAAGGUUAUUUAUUUGUUUUCCAAUUAUAAUUGUUUGGUUUCUUUUUUUUCUUCAAUUAAAAUUAUUAAUUGUGCCUGUAUGUAAUAAACAAAUCGGAAGGUAUAAGUGAAGAUAUCAUGUUACGGAAUAAAUAUUUUUUUCAGUGUUUCAACUA